AUGUUGCCGAGCCAGUUGUGGGGGAGCCUGGAGAAGCCACUUCUCUACCUGUGCUGUGCCUCCUUCUUCCUGGGGCUGGCUUUGCUGGGCCUACAGCCGAACAUCCUCCCUGUUGCUUAUUUCUUUCUGACCUUGGGCGGCUUCUUCAUGUUGGCCUGCCUGCUGGCCUGUUUUCUGGAAUGGGUGUUCCAAUCAAUGCAGCCGGACAGCCCAGGGCCCUCAGGCAAUGCUCGGGACAAUGAAGCUUUUGAGGUGCCACCCUAUGAAGAGGCUGUGGUGUUGGAAUCACAGGGCCGUCCCCAAGAAUUGGAUCAACCACCUCCCUACAGCAGUGUGGUAAUCUCCCCAGGACUCAUGGAGGGACAGCCUGGCCAUCCAGAGGGGCCCAGGAGAGCCAGAGUGGAAAGGCGAGUCGGCUCAGAGGGGUCUAUGGCCCCAGGAAGUGCUGGAAGAGCUCUUAUCAGCCUCCGGCUUCGGGGACCACGAGUUGUGUCCACUGCUCCUGAUCUGCAGAGCUUAGGCAUGCUCCCCAAAUUGGAGCCGCUCCCCAGAUUGGAGCCUCUCACUCCACCGCCUGACUAUGAUGUCAGCUUCAGUCACCCUGAUGAUGACAACGUUUUUUAUGAAGACAACUGGACACCCCCCUAA